AGCUUCAGUUACGCCAUGCCGUCUCCAAAAGCGCGCAGGAACAGCGCCGUGGCCGUGACGACCAGCGGACCACCCGCCUCGUCUCUCUGCUCCUCCUUAUCUUCCUCAUCCUCCUCAUCCUCCACGUCCUCCUCAGUGUCUCGGUCCAGACGCCGGACUUCCAGCAUCGCGCCGCUCGCUUCUCCCGCGCGCCCGAGCCCGUCCCUUCCCGCCGUGGCGCUGCGCUCGCUGCUGGCCGUGGAUGUGUGGUUCUCCCGCAGGAUGGCGCUGUGCGCCGGGAAGGAGGCGCCCCUGGGGGGAAUGAGGCCGCUGGUGAAGCUUGUGGAGCUCAGCGGACACGCGGUGACCUGGAUCUCCAUCACCCUCUACUUUCUCAUCUCCAGUGAAACUGUGAAGGAGCAAGAAGUCAUGAUCAACCUGUUCCUGGCCUUAUUGUUAGACCACGCCCUGGUUAAACUAGUGAAGCGUGCUGUGAGUUAUCAUCACUCCGAGUGGUUCGCCACUUUGCUUCCUCAACCUCACUCCUUCCCGUCAGGCCACGCUACGCGGGUUGCCAUGUGCACCCGUUUCCUGCAGGCACGGCUGCUGUCAGACUGCCCCAUGCGCUUUGUGCUGCUCUCCUGGACCCUCCUCCUGGCUCUGACGCAGGUUCUGCUUGGACAGCACAACGUGAGCGGCGUUGUCCUCGCUCUGGCUAUGGGCUCCUGUCACUACAGCGUGGUGGAGACGUGCUGGCUGUCUGUGGAGAGGCUUCAGGAUGUCCUGAUUGCUGCACUCGGGAAACACGUCACCCAGAAGGGCUGAGAGACACACAAUGGCCUUAUCAUACUUUCUGAAUAAGCAGAUUUAACACACUUAUAUACACACACACAAAACAAAGAAUAAUAAGGUUUGAAAGUGGACACGUUUAUGGUCAAAAGUAUUGAGGCGCCUGGUUUUUCCAGACGUAUUUUCUUUUUCUCCAAACCUUUCACACAAUUGUACAGGACGCCUUUGGAUGCAGUAGCAUUACAUUUUCCCUUGAACUAGGAGACCUGAGACCUGCUCCAGCAUGACG